AUGAUAAUAACAUUUAUUGACUAUCAAAAAUUGGAAAAAGUGGAAGUGGGUGGACUCAUAGGCUGUUGGUAUAGCCCAAUGAUUGAAAACAUGUGUAUUCGGUUUACAAAGUAUAUGGAAAAGUUGAUUUCUAUAGCUUACGAUCCAUUGGACAUGUUAAGCGAUGCGAAUAACGCCUUGUUUGUGGAGGACUACAAUUUCUAUUUGAAUAUGUCGGACGAUAUUGACAAUCGCUUAGCCACUGUUUCAAAAGCUUGUUUCGAAAACAUCGACAACUCAACGGCAUUUCACAAGUUUCUUAUGCUAUUUGGUUCGGCCGUGUUGAAUCGACCUAUCGUAGCGGCUGCUGUGGAAAAACAUUACGAACAAUUGUUGGAUCUACUUGACCAAGAUUUGGCCAGGGAGUUUAAAAUUAUCGACCGCCUAUCGGGAACAGCGAUGACUACCGAAAUCGAGAAAAGUGACUAUUACGAAUUGCGUUUCAUACCAGAAGAAAUGGAUCUAGAGUACCCACCCGUUGCUAGAGCGAUGAUGUGGGGGAACUCGCGUAUAAAUAAUCGAUUGUUGGAAGAUUUAACUAUUAUUCGGACUUUUGACUUACCAAUCAUGAAAACCCCAAGAGGAGAACAAAUCAAUAUAAAGAUUGAACAAUUAAAGGAUAAAUUUAAAAAUUAUUUAAGUCCUAUAUUUGAGGAAUGGAAGCGUGUUGUACCACUUCAGAUACAAGAAAAACUAAUGCAACCACUAUUCACAAUCAAUGAAAAUAAUACAAUUGGUCUUAAUUUUUCUGAAGAAUUGGAUGCCGCAAUUAAAGAAACCAGAUACAUAAUACUCAGUAAUUACAAUUUCAAAAAUCCAAUCUUGGCAAUUGGAAUAGAUGACAUACCAGACGAUGCAAUUAAGCUCUAUAAACGAGAAAAACUGAUUUUGUCAUAUAAAAGAGAUAUUGAAGAAAUUGUUAAAUGGUAUAAUAUACUGAGAACUGAAACACAUCCUACAGAAUUACAGUUAAUUAUUGAAGAAAUCGAGAAUAUUGAUAAACUUAUUGAUGAUGCUCAAAAGUAUGUUACGUGGAAUUCGGAAGAUGUUGUUUACUUAAGUGAAAAUGACAUGAACGAAGAAACAGACAAUUAUGAGUCUAUGUCACCGAUAUCGUUACAAAGUACAAUUAGCACCAUUCAUAAUUUAACAAAAAAUGUUUAUGAGCGUGUAAUGCAAACCCACGAAAAUUUCCAAAAAAUAAUUACUCUAAGUAGUCAAUGGAUUGAUAAGCCAAUGUAUGUGCGUGAUAAGAUUACAAAACGUAUAACAUUUGGCAAUAAGUUGACAGAAAUGAAAAUCGCUAGGUACGCCGAAGUGCGAGACGCUAGUAUUAAGAUACAACAAUUGCUUAUGGAAGAUCUUUUAUUAUUUCACAACGUGCCAUUAGUGGAUCCAAAUUUGAGUAAGUUAACUUCAACACAUUUAUCUUUAAAAUGA